CCCAAGUGAAGAUGGCUCAUACCCACCCUGGGAUGGAGCCCAGCGCCUGAGGCCCUUAUCAUGGUGAUGGUCCUAAGUGAAAGCCUCAGCACCCGGGGAGCUGACUCCAUUGCAUGCGGGACCUUCAGCCCUGAACUGCACACGCCAAAGAAGAUGAGUCAAGGACCUACACUUUUCUCUUGUGGAAUUAUGGAAAAUGACAGAUGGCGAGACCUGGACAGGAAAUGCCCUCUUCAGAUUGACCAACCGAGCACCAGCAUCUGGGAAUGCCUGCCUGAAAAGGACAGCUCACUGUGGCACCGGGAGGCAGUGACCGCCUGCGCUGUGACCAGUCUGAUCAAAGACCUCAGCAUCAGCGACCACAACGGGAACCCCUCAGCACCCCCUAGCAAGCGCCAGUGCCGCUCACUGUCCUUCUCCGAUGAGAUGUCCAGUUGCCGGACAUCAUGGAGGCCCUUGGGCUCCAAAGUCUGGACUCCCGUGGAAAAGAGACGCUGCUACAGCGGGGGCAGCGUCCAGCGCUAUUCCAAUGGCUUCAGCACCAUGCAGAGGAGUUCCAGCUUCAGCCUCCCUUCCCGGGCCAAUGUGCUCUCCUCACCCUGCGACCAGGCAGGACUCCACCACCGAUUUGGAGGGCAGCCCUGCCAAGGGGUGCCAGGCUCAGCCCCGUGUGGACAGGCAGGUGACACCUGGAGCCCUGACCUGCACCCCGUGGGAGGAGGCCGGCUGGACCUGCAGCGGUCCCUCUCUUGCUCACAUGAGCAGUUUUCCUUUGUGGAAUACUGUCCUCCCUCAGCCAACAGCACACCUGCCUCAACGCCAGAGCUGGGGAGACGCUCCAGCGGCCUUUCCCGCAGCCGCUCCCAGCCGUGUGUCCUUAACGACAAGAAGGUUGGUGUUAAAAGGCGGCGCCCUGAAGAAGUGCAAGAGCAGAGGCCUUCUCUAGACCUUGCCAAGAUGGCACAGAACUGUCAGACCUUCAGCAGCCUCAGCUGCCUGAGCGCAGGGACAGAGGACUGCGGUCCCCAGAGCCCCUUCGCCCGCCACGUGAGCAACACCAGGGCCUGGACUGCCCUGCUGUCAGCCUCCGGCCCAGGGGGCAGGACCCCCGCUGGGACCCCGGUCCCUGAGCCUCUUCCCCCUUCCUUCGACGACCACCUCGCCUGCCAGGAGGACCUGUCCUGUGAGGAGUCAGACAGCUGCACCCUGGACGAGGAUUGUGGCAGGAGAGCGGAGCCGGCCGCAGCCUGGCGGGACCGCGGGGCCCCUGGGAACAGCCUCUGCUCCCUGGACGGCGAGUUGGACAUUGAGCAGAUAGAGAAGAACUGAGGGGGUGUGGGCCCAGGCAGGGUUGGGGUGCGCUGGCAUCGACAGCCCCCCCUCUGGGCACUAGGUGGGCCCUUGAAGGGGAGCCCAACUCGUGGGCCUGAUGAAAGCUUUCUGAGUGGUGUCGGGUCCCAGAGAGGGAGCCCACCUACUGCCUGGGGGAGAGCCUGGCCUGGCCGUGUCACACAGCGGGUGUGUCAGCCUCUCACUGGCUCACCGAGCGUGGCAGCCACCAGGUCCACAGAACUACUGCAGCCCAGAGGACAGCUUUGAAGUUUGUGUCUUUUCUGCCUCUUUCCCUGUGGGAUGUUGGGCAGUCUCUGUUGUCCACAGCAGAGCUGGGCAGCGCUCUGUAUCCCCCUGGUGGGGGCUGUCAGGGAGGGCCUGGGGUGGGGGCCAGGGGCCAUCUGCUAUGUCAGGGCCCUUCUUGGCCUCACUCAGGUUCACUUUUGGGGAGUCGGCCCCGCAGCUUCUUUCACUGUUUUACUCCGUGCCUUCUCUCCCAGGUCUCCCUGCUUCAGGCUUGGGAAGGUUCGGGAGAUGCUUCCUUGUGUAACACCAGAACCAUUUGGCCUUAAUUCCAAUGUGAGAGACAGAAUCCCUGGGGUGCUGGACUGGCCCUCCGGAGGGUAAGCCCAUGUCCAGAGUCUCGGGCCCAAGGAACAAUUUGGAGGGGUGCUUGUUAGGGCCUCCCGUGUUGGGUAGAAAUUUGGUGGAUCUGUUGGCUGAAAAGACAGACUCUCUUGCCUCUCCUACAGCAUGGAGAGCCUGACCCCGUGGCUCUGCCACCGUUGGGGCAGGGUUAGCAGAUGGCAGCCCUUCUCCGUGGCUGACUGGUCACUGAGCGAUAAGCGUGGUUGGUUGCGGUGAGUAUAGGGAUGGCACGAUACUAGGGCAGCCUCUUAAAAAUGGCCUCAGGAGACAGGAGCUGCGAGCAGGUGGACACAUGCGGGCCCUGUGCACACUCAGGGGUGAAGGGCAUCCGCUGGCCACUCUGCAGGGGCCCCUGCAGGAUUCCAAGCACCUCCCAUUUGUCCUUGAGGACUGCUGGCUGUAACCAGGGCACACCACCCACCCCAAGACAAGCCCACGCCCUUGUCAGCUUAAGGGGAGCCCAGUCCUGAGGGCUACAUCCGUGUCGUGAGGCCCAGCCACCGGCACAAAGCUGGAUUCAUACUCCCUGCCCCUCCCCCGCCCUGGCUCCUCACCCCGGGGCAUCCGAGGAGCCUAGCCCCCUGAGGGUUUGCUCUCCUCUCCGGGUUUGUAGCUCCUCUCCAGCCGCCUUGCAGACACCACCACAUGGGCUCUGCUCUAUGGGAAUCUGGCUUUUAGCGAAUUUGGCGUCUUCUGCAGACAAUAGCAAUUGGGCUGGCUUAGGAGCAAGUGGCUCAUUUUCCCAUAAGGCUAAAAAUAACUGGUGCGCUCCCUUGCGUUGGCUUACACGCGCGUUCAAAGCACUUUUGUAGUCACUUUGCUUUUGCUCGUCUUCAUGGACGAGUGAACGCCUCGCUUCUGCAGGUCGAGUCCAGAUGCUUCUCACCUUCUUUCUCCUCAAGAAAGAUGCUUUUUGGGAAACGUUGUUUAAAGCUUAUUUUUUUACUACAUCAAAAGGAUGGUGGUUCAAGUUCCCAAUAUGUGGGUGGCACUUCUUAAAAAUCAGCUGUAAGAAGCUGGCAGAAAGCCCCCAGCCCCACGGCCCUGAGAGACGGUGUUGCCAGCUUAGGGUGGCUGACACAUGGGGUAUGCCGGGCACUGGGCAGGUCCCAGAGCCAGGGAACCAGCUCGCCUCUGGUUGCUGUAGCUCCUGCCGGAGGCACAUCUACUUGUGAUCCCAGACCCAAACCCAAGAGCUGGUGGCUCUGAGCAGACAGAGACAUCUUAGCCUGUCCCUGCCUGGGGGUCGUGGAGACCAUGUCUUCUUAGAGCAAAUGUGGAGGCGGCCAGGGCAGUUGUUGGGUGAAUGUGGAGAGCACAUGGCCAUGUCUUGCCCCCAGAGUACCAUUGGGCAUGGGGGGUCCUGGCACCACAUGCCCAGUGUGGCCACCAAGGGCACACAGCCUCUAAAGCAGGCCUUCCCGUGGAAGGCAGAGGCAGUGAGGGAGGCGAACGGUGCCAGCCAAGGCUGAGGCAUGCAGCAGCCCCCAGCUACCUUUGCUUAGGGCUGGGACGGGGGGCACAUGGUGACAGGUGUAUGUCGUGGGACUGGGGUGUGGGUGACCUGCCCUCAAACCCUGCCUGCCACCUUCCCAUUCAGGCCUGGUGGCAGGAAGGGACAAGCUGUGGAGCUGGCUGAGUCACAGCCACCUCCCCGCAAGCUGGUCCCAUCGACCAGCAAGCCCAGCCCCAGGGCGCUUAGGCAGAAAUGACCCAGCCUCCUCAGACCCCCGCCUGCCUGUCCUGUGCUCACCACAGCUCCUAGCCCAAGCUCACCACGCAGCAGUCACGGGAGAAAACGGUGGCUAUCCCUUCUGCUUAGAGAAAGAAAUGGCCUUCAGCUGGUUUCCUGUUUGUCUUUUGACUGGAGAGAGUAGACCCUAUCUAUAAGGUGCCACCCUAUCAUCCAAGCCGCCACCCUGCUCGCCCCAGGACCUCUGAUCUCAGUCCUCUGGGAGGGGGGUUCACCUAGGAGGUGCUCCCCACAUUGGUGUCCCCAUGGGCAGCAGGCAGACAGCUCACCCCCACCAGCAUGAUGGCCCCAGGUGGGGGCAGCGGCAGGAGCCUCACUGUUGCCACAGCCUUGCCCACGAACCCUGCCUCUGAGGGGAGACUGAGGAAGGGCAGAGCCAGAAGCAAGCCGUGCCAGGGCCUGCUCAUGGGGCCCUGAAGAGUGGGCUAAGCCUGCAGGAAAGCCGGGGGGAGGGGGGGCUUAGCACCACAUGCACCCCACUCAUUCCAAAGCCACCAAACUGCCAGGGGCUGCCGUCCACCUGUGGGGCCCAGGGGCUGGGGCCGCAGCCUCGCCAUUUUCGUUGCCAUACCCUCUUGCCUUACUCGCAGUGGAGGCCGGAGUUGCACGGGCAGACGUGCACCUGGGCCCUGGGGAGCUUGUUCUGACCAGACGUACAGAUUUUCAUUCUCAGAAAGCCUUACUUUUCAACCAAAUUUUUGUAGCCAGUUUUGUGAAUUUGUACACUGAAAGAAAAUUUAAAUAAAGGGGAAGUCCACAUUAAAAAGAAAACAAACCCUAACUAACUUCCAAAUGGGUCUCCUGGUGCGGGGGUGUGAGUGGCCAUGCCUUGGGUGUGCUGCCUGUCUGAGCAAGCUUCCCUAGCUGCGGAACCCCAGGCCCUCUGCUGCGGGCUCAGCCUUGGUGUCAUGCCUGCUGCACCCCCGUUUCCACUGACGUGCCGUCUGUGGCUAUGGGGGUGGUCACUGGAAUGAUGGUCACUCCAGACGUCAGCCGGCAGGGAUGCAGCAGGCUGGCCGCGCACCGGGGCUCGGGCACCCUCUGGCCCCACACUGGCAAUGAUGCCGCACCUUGCCAUGUCCACGCUGUUGGUCAAACCCCUCUGUCAUGCCUCUUUAAAGAGAAAAGAAGAGAAAGAUUUUUUUUUUAAAUGGCAGACCGAAGUGGAGAUCUUGUAGCCUAGAUAGGAUAGUCUGACCUUCUAGCAUAGUCUUUUUGGCAAAUGAUUUGUGUUUUCAGUGCGUGGGGAAGCUGUCCUGGGGGCUGGGGCGACAGAUAGAUAGCACAUAGACUGUUUCUGGGGCUGCAGGGGCUUCCCUGAGCUGGACGUUGUGGGUGUUGCAGAGCUUCAGGAAGUGUGGCGACCAGAAAGCGUAGACCCGGGGCCCAGGGUCUGCCCGCCCCUGCAGCCUGGCCUCCCCGCACAGGCUGUGGCUUGCACUCCAGCCGCUCUAGUCUCUCAGGAAUUUGCUUGUUACUUUUACUGUGUAAAUAAAGCUUCCUGGUUCAAUACCCAA